UAAAGGAUUGUAGUAGUGGUUCUUGUGACCUUUUGUCUCUAAACUUUGGUACUGUGUCCAACUAAACCACACUAAUGAAGUUCGAUCCAGGGGUUCAUUCAUUCAAUGAAAAUUAAAAACACAAUCUGUUCACCAUAGAUAUUCUCCAGAUACUAUAAUGUGGCACGAAAGACAAAGUUUAUAAUUUUGAUUUUGGCCACUUUAUCUAGCAGGUAGCAGAUGCCAGUCCAUUUACACAAAUUAGCUCAUGUUGUGGGCACAAUGGCUCUUGCAAGGUGGGUACUGUUCCCCAUUUUGUGAAGUUACUCCAGGCUGCCGGCUCGGAUGCGCUGGUAAUUCAGGCCCGGCUCAGGCCCCUCCAGGUCAGGAAGGUACAGAGAAGCCCUCUGAUUCCCCAGGGGCAGAGCGCAUUGGCAGGUGCAAGUGAGUUCUGGUUACCCGAAGUGGAGGCCAGAGGCGCAGUCGCGUUAGGCCUGCAGGCCCAGGAGAGCAGGGGCAGGUGCAGGGCCAGGCGGCCGGGAGGGGUCUCCCUCCUGCAGGCAGGCGGCGGAUAGCCAGGUGCGGCGGGCAAAGCAGGGCAGCCCCGCGCAGCGCCUCCUGGGCCUGAGGGCUGGUUGGCGGCGGGCGGCGGGGACGCGCGCGGGCCAGCGGGGGCGCGCGACGCGAGGCCUGCGUGCUCGGUUGUGGGGGCCAUGCGGCGAGCUAAGAGCGCCGCCGCCGCCAAGCUGCGCGGGCAGCAGUGGUCCGGGGCCCCUGCGGCCGCCGCCCCGGCCCCCAGAACCAGCCGCGCACGGCGCCCCACGAGCCAGGCCGGGGGCGGGGGACAGGCGGCGACAAAGUCGCCGUCGGCGAAACGGCCGCUGAGGAACUCGUCGCCGCGGGACCAAGAGGCGGCCCCCGGGAAGCCGCCUCCGGAGCUUGCGCUGCUCCCCCCGCCGCCGACUCCGGCGACCCCGACGUCCUCUGUGUCCACGCUGGACCUGGGCGAGCAACGGGAGCGCUGGGAGUUGUUCCAGAAGCGGCAGAAGCUGACCUCCGAGGGCGCCGCCAAGCUCCUGCUGGACACCUUUGAAUACCAGGGCCUGGUGAAGCACACAGGAGGCUGCCACUGUGGGGCGGUUCGUUUUGAAGUUUGGGCCUCAGCAGACUUGCACAUUUUUGACUGCAACUGCAGCAUUUGCAAGAAGAAGCAGAAUAGACACUUCAUCGUUCCAGCCUCUCGCUUCAAACUCCUGAAGGUUAAUUCAAGUACAGUCAACAUUUUUCUUAAAGACCUUGAGCACUGCUGUCUGGGGACAUGGAGAGCCAGCCCUUCGGGGAGCCGAGAAUAUAACCACUUACACAUUCAAUACGCACAAAGCCCAGCACACCUUCUGCAAGAGAUGUGGUGUUCAGAGCUUCUAUACUCCCCGCUCAAACCCUGGAGGCUUUGGAAUUGCCCCCCACUGCCUGGAUGAGGGCACCGUGCGGAGUAUAGUCACCGAGGAGUUCAACGGCAGCGACUGGGAGAAGGCCAUGAAGGAGCACAAGACCAUCAAGAACAUGUCUAAGGAGUGAGCUCCUGCCUCUCCCUUCCUGAAAAGGAGGACUGAGUGGGGCCAGCAGCUGUGCUGUCCCUGCCAGACCUGGGUGGUGCUCCUGGAUGUGGCCGAGCCAGGCUGUGGGCUCCACCAGCCUGCAGCCACCUUGAUCCCUACAGUUAGCUCCAGCUAUCAGUUUCUUUAGGCAGCUCUUUGUCUCCCCUUAGCCCAGAUUUUGAUGUAGGCUAGUUGAAAUCCAUCCUUCUCUUCCCAACUUUUGUGUGAUCUUUUAGGACAAAAAAAGAAUAAAUAUUUUUAACAUUAAAGCA